CAGUUUCAAGCUUCUAAUUUACACAAACAGUAAACUCGACUCGAAAAUGAUCAAGUUUACUGUUUUAUUCGCCUUGGCAGCUGCCACAGUCGGUGCAGUUCCUCUGCUCCGUACACGCGAGGUGAACCCGACCCAUCGCAUAGUCGGUGGAGCGGCGACGACCAUCGAAGAGACGCCUUACCAGGUUUCGGUUCGCGCUUUGGGGACCCACUGGUGCGGUGGUAGCAUAAUCUCUGAGACCUGGAUCCUUACCGCCGCCGAAUGCAUGCCCUUCCCGUGGACCUGGUACACGGUCCGCUCAGGAUCCCAGCUCUCCAACAGUGGUGGCACCAUCCACCAGGCUGCAGCAACCAUUCUGCACCCGAGCUUUGGCUCGAACGCCUACUGGCACCCCGUGAACGACAUCGCCCUCAUCCAGCUGAGCACCAGCAUCGUCUUCGAUUCCACUCAGGCCGCCAUCUCGCUCUACGACCUGAGCGAACAAACAGUCAUUGGUGCCCCCGCCAUAGUCACCGGAUGGGGAGCGACCUCCAAUCACGGCGCCUACUCUUCCACCCUCCAGGCUAUCGCCGUGCCCAUCAUCUCGCAGGAUGAUUGCAACGAAGCAUACGCCAGUAUCGGAGGGAUUGAGGAAAACCACAUAUGUGCCGCUUGGGACGAAGGUGGUCUGGGAGCUUGUCAAGGCGACACCGGUAGCCCCGUUGCCGUUCAUGGACGCCAAGCAGGUAUCGUUUCCUGGACAUUCCAAUGCGGCGCUGUCGGAUUCCCAGGCGUCUAUACCGAAGUCGCUGCCUACCGAACCUGGAUCACCGAGACCUCUGGAGUCUAAAAAUCGACGUUGGAGUUUCGUGAUCGAAAACUGAAUUGUUUGUGAACACGUUAGUUUUAGGCAUGACCUUGAAAUGUUGAAUAAAUACACAGCGAUCGGAACGUAAA